UUGGCUAAGGAAAAAGAAAUAUAAAUAUCUCUGUUUUUGCUGUCGACCUCUUAGCCACAAUGGCCCUGAUGAAAACUAAAUUUAACCUGAAGAGGAGAGUGAAACUUGCCCAAGGGCUAUGGCUCAUGAACUGGUGUUGCGUCUUAGCAGGCAUUGCCCUUUUCAGCAUGGGGGUAUUCCUGAAAAUUGAGCUCAGGAAGCGCAGUGAAGUGAUGGAUAAUGAUGAGAGCCAUUUUGUACCCAAUUCCUUGAUCCUGAUGGGCUCCCUGGCCUGUGCCCUUAAUGCAUUUGCAGGUAAAAUCUGCUACGAUUCCCUGGAUCCUACCAAGUUUGCCAGGUGGAAGCCCAUGCUGAAACCUUAUCUGAUAAUCUGUCUCAUCUUCAACAUCUUCAUAUUCUUCACUGGGGUGGUCUGCUUCUUGACCAGGGGCUCCUUGGAGAGCACUUUGGCACACGGCUUAAAGAAUGGCAUGCGCUACUACAAGGAUACCGACAUCCCUGGCAGGUGCUUUUUGAAGAAGACCAUUGACUUGCUGCAGAUUGAGUUCAAAUGCUGCGGAAACAAUGGCUUCAGGGACUGGUUUGAGCUCCAGUGGGUCAGCAACCGCUAUCUGGAUUUCAGCUCCAAGGAAGUGAAAGAUCGUAUUCAGAGCAAUGUAGACGGCAAGUAUUUGAUUGACGGGGUUCCCUUCAGUUGCUGCAACCCGAGCUCUCCCAGGCCCUGCAUUCAGCUGCAAGUGACAAAUAACUCAGCUCAUUACAGUUACGAUCACCAGACAGAGGAGCUGAACCUGUGGAGCAAAGGUUGCAAGGAAGCUCUACUAAACUACUACACCAGUAUGAUGAGCUCCAUGGGCGGUAUGGUGUUUCUGGUCUGGAUCAUGGAGAUGGCUGUGAUGAUCGGGCUGAGGUUUUUGCACACGUGUUUGGAGACCAUUGCAAACCCUGAAGAUCCAGAGUGUGAGAGUGAAGGUUGGAUACUGGAGAAGAGCCUGAAGGACACCAUCAAAUCCUCCUGGGAACUGGUGAAAAGCAUGGGUAAGCUGAACAAGGUGGAGACCGCUGGUGGUGAGGAAGCAGGAGUAGCAACUGUCAGCUGAACAUCUGGACUAAGCGGGACUUUUAUUUCAUAAUCAUCUAAAUGUAAAUAUUCUCACUGUGAACAAAGACAAAGCCCUCUCUGCUCGUGUCUAUUCAUCAGGCUU